ACAACACCACGUCUACAAACGACAACUCACCCGGAAGUACUUUUUAGCGGCACAGGGUGGACGCCCAUUACUUCCAGGUUGUUUGCACCCUCCACUCCUUGGCCACGCCACAGGUAGAAACCGGCUCGCGCAGGUGUUGGUCACAUCCGGGGUUAGCGCGGCGUUUGCAGUCGAAUCCCUGUCAAGGAGACGAUGUUAAGUGGCCGGUUGUGCCCCGGUUCCUUGGCGGGACUGUGGGGGUUGCUGCUGUUGCUGAACUUGGGUUGUGCCGUGAGCACCUCGGAGCUCACGUUUGAGUUACCGGAUAAUGCCAAGCAGUGCUUCUACGAAGAGAUCAUGCAGGGCAUCAAGUGCACCCUGGAGUUCCAGGUGAUCACUGGAGGACACUAUGAUGUUGACUGCCGCUUAGAAGAUCCAGAUGGCAUUGUGUUAUACAAAGAGAUGAAGAAACAAUACGAUAGCUUUACUUUUACUGCAUCCAGAAAUGGAACAUACAAAUUUUGUUUCAGCAAUGAGUUCUCUACCUUCACACACAAAACCGUGUACUUCGACUUCCAGGUUGGAGAUGAUCCACCUCUGUUUCCCAGUGAAAACAGAGUCACUGCACUUACUCAGAUGGAAUCUGCAUGUGUGGCAAUUCAUGAAGCUUUAAAAUCUGUUGUUGAACAUCAAACUCAUUUUCGGUUAAGAGAAGCCCAAGGCCGCAGCAGAGCAGAAGAUUUAAACACACGGGUGGCUUAUUGGUCAGUAGGAGAAGCCGUCAUUCUCCUUGUCGUUAGCAUUGGGCAGGUAUUUCUUCUUAAAAGCUUUUUCUCAGACAAAAGAACCACUACAACCCGUGUUGGAUCAUAACUCAUGUUGAGAAAAUACUUCAAAUCCACUAUUCCUUUGUAAAAUACUGUUCUUCAAAUAAUUUCUAGUUACAGAACAAUUAAACAUGAACAUUUUAAAUAUCUUUAGCCUUCCCUCUCUACUUAAAGUUGCAAAAUACAUGUUCCCCAAAAGCUGUGGAAAAAGGCAGCUUUUUAUUUGUAAUAUAUGGAUUUUGUCCUGUUUAUGUCUGCAUUGAGAUUUAACUUAAGGUUGCUACAUUUUUAAAAAAACUAGUGAGACUACAGGUUGGGAGCGUAAUGCUUUAAAAUAUUCUUUAAAAUGUUGAUUUGGGAGAUCAUAUGAAAAGUGGAUGGCAGUCUGAUUUCUUUAGAAAAAAGGUAUGGGAAUAAAACAAAAAAUGUGAUUAAUUUGUAGUCUCAAAGCCACGUACUGCACUGUUUUGAUUUUUCUAUGAAAAUGCCAGUUACAUUUUCUUGUAAUUUCUUGUUUUACUGAACCAAAUUUAAGAUGAAGAACCCUGGGGAAUCCUGUUCUCUGUACUUUGAAAGUGUUUAGCUGGUUGAUUUGCAUUUUUCUUUUAAAUAAAUGUGGUGAAUGUCUUGUAACUCAGAAUAGUUCAACUCUUGAACUUAUGAUGCUGCUGUUUUGAAGAACUGAAAUCUACAGGCAGAUCCACAAAUAAUCUGCCAGCCAUUCCCACUUGAAAUCAAUAAGACUGAACUAAAGUGCAAAUGGACUAGAAUAAAUGAUUUGUGACUCUCAGCAAAAGGUCACAAUCAGUAUAAUAUGUAGGUAAUCUUAUGUUCUCUGAGACCAGGCUGGAAUAAGUGGUUUGAGGUUUAUAAAAAAUGGUUUAUGAAGCAACAUCUGUACAGCCACCAGACAUGGCUGUAUAAAAUCUGUGAGUUUAAUCCUCCUUUUGAAGCCUUUAAUUUAACUGCUGGAAACCUUGUUUUCUUGAGGGUAAUGCAUUAAUUUGUUGCUUUGUGCCAGCUGCCACCAUUUUUUGCUGGAUGGCCUCCUUUGUGCAGUGGUUUGCUAUCUUCUUGGUAUUUGGAUUUUCUCAUCUUGUAUCAAUCACUAUGCUCUUUGCUGAUGACUAAUAUUUACAGAAAGGUUUUGUAGGUAUGUGAGAUUGCAUGUUGUACUGUAGUUACAAGCAAUCAAAGUAAAAUUAAUAUUACCACCCUUGUAAUAAACACAUCUAUUUAGUUUCAGGGUCAAAAACAACUUGUUUUUAAAGAUUUGGUUCCUGGUUCUCUGUAGGCACACAGUCCAGGAAAAGAGUUUGGAGGAAGCCAGCAGCUCUUCCUCUACAAGUAUUGACGCUCUGAGCAAAAGAAGGGGUUUUAUUAUUAUUUUUAAAUCAUUCCCUGCGACUGCUGUGUGGCUUCAGGGGACCCAGAACCAACUCUUUAAAAACAUGAACUGUAGUUUGGCCCUCAUUGACUUCAAGAGAAUUUGUUUUAAAAAUGCAUAUUCUGGGAUACAGAAGGCAGCUUAUAUCAAGGAGAAAAAUAGAAACUUGACAUGUACGAAUACCAAUAAAGCUUGCAAUCACAGAAACAUACUUUGCAUUCAUUUUUUCUAUAAAGCUGCUUCACUCUGCUUUGCAAUUGUUGGUAAGCUAUCAAUCCCAGUAGACUUUGUUAUACACAUCCCUGUGUGAAUCUUGACCAUUAUGUCAAAUUUAAAUGCUGGUGGUUGUAAGAAGGGUAGAGUAGAUUGACUCUAGUAAUUAGUCAUUCAGCUUUGAAGCAUUGAAGAUGAAUCUGAAAAUUCUUAAGUUUAGUUACUGAGAUUGUUAAAGUGUCCCCUUCAUUAUUUUCUGUGUGUGUAUAUAAGAGGCUUUUAAAAAGAAAAACCUUAUAGAAUUGGGUGUUUUAGGGGCAGGGAAGACCACAGUGCUGUAAAUGAUUAACAUCCUGUAGAAAUAACUCAGUGUAUGAUUUUUUUUACUGUCUCACUUGAGCAUGAUUAAAAUCAAUUUGACUGUA